AAUACAUAUUCCUGAUUACUCAAGAGCUGCAACUCGAUCCACUGGUUGGGUACCAUGCGAUUGAACUUCUGCAAAAGUUCAUGGAGAAACACAUUUCGGAUUUGCUCGCCACCGCAGGUGCACCUGCCGAUGAGCUGACGAGCGAUGAGGGCAGUUUUUUUGACAAACUAAAAGAGGAAUUUCCUCUCGUCCUCCUCUCCUGUGUGCAGCUGGCGAGCAAACUGUUUCUGCACGGUCACAUGAUUGACAGCAACGCCGCCGUACGCUUCCUGCAGUCGAUCGGUGUCACCGUUUCCAAACAGACGGUCCUAGAAUUUGAGCUGAUGGUCUUCAAAUGCCUUGAGUUCAGUCUAAACGUUCUCAACCCUUUGACAUACGUGGAAAUGCUUCUGGAGGUGCUUGGUCACAAUGAGCCGACCAUCCCUAUAGAGCACCUUUAUCAGCUGAGCCGCCAUGUUCUGCAGUUCAUCACCCUGGAGAGGUCUUCCAUCUAUGACACCUUGUUAAAAACAACCACUCAGUCUGUCAACCCAUCCAGAGAACAGAGAGAGAAGUUUGUGACGGUGACCGAAGACCGCAUGCUUCUUGGUGUCGGUGUCAUCGCCGUUGCAACUUUCAUCCUUCAUGUCAAAAAAUGGGAACAGGUGGUCGAGGAACUGAGCCACAUGACGGCAAUCUCCAGGAGGAGCAUUCAUGAUUUUACUCAUGUGGUAGUCAUGCACAUCGUUGGCACCAAUUCCUCUAAAGUAUAAAAUGUUUCUUUCUACUUGUUGUCUCUUUAAKGUUAGGUUUGUUGACGUUGAAACARAACGACACACCAGUGGAAUCAGUUGCA